GCUGCACAGUCCUUAGUGGUCACACCAAAUUAUCUGGGGAAUUAAUAUUUUCAGCCAAGUUUCAUGCGUAGCUUUGACUUUUUUUUUUUUUUCUGUCAUUUGCAGCAAGAAGAAAGAAACAUGUGGUUUUCAAGCACAUCCUGGAAAUGGAUCAAGCUUUCAUUUACUUCAUCUGACGGACCCUUGAAUGCAACACAAGAUCUGUAGUUAAUUAAAUGAACGGAGCGUUGUUGGAGGUUUGAUGGAAGAUUAUCAUCAUGUCCCUGAUGUUUGGGAAAGUUAAGUCUGCAGCUCCGGAGAGGAAUCCAGCUGAGUGUAACCUGGUGCUGCUCGGUGCAAUGGGCUCAGGGAAAUCAGCACUGACUGUAAAAUUCCUCACGAAGCGCUUCAUCAGUGAGUACGACCCCCAUCUAGAGGAUAUUUAUUCCUCAGAGGAGAUCGUGGACCAGCAGCUGGUGGUGGUCAGAGUGAUGGACACUUGUGACCAGAAUGGUCCAGUGAACACUGAGCGGUACCUGACCUGGGCCAGUGCCUUUCUCGUCGUCUACAGUAUUGAUAAUAUGCAGAGCUUUAAAGGCUGCCAGCAGUACCUCGACACGCUCGCCAACCACAAUAAAACUUGCAAGCCGGAAACUCCCAUCAUCCUGUUGGGGAACAAGCUGGAUAUGGACAGAUACAGACAGGUGAGUAAGUCCGACGGUGCAGCCCUCGCCUCUCGUUUUGGUUGUUUAUUCUACGAGGUAUCGGCUUGUCUGGACUUCCACUCCGUUCAGCAUGUCUUCCACGAGGCGGUGAGGAAGGCGAGGCGGGACGUGGACCGAGGUCGUCUGAGCCCCGCCGUCUACAUCAGCGAGGACAAAGCGUUGCUGAAUCUGGCGUCCCCUCCCACCUUCACCACCCCCUGCUACAAGGAGCUACCGGCCCCGGCGACGGCCAAGCUGGUCACCGUGAAGACCUCGAGGGCCCAGAGCAAACGGCGAGCUGCUACGCUCACACUGCUCAAGGGUUUUAAGAUCUUCUGACUCCUCACCCCCCAUCACCACCACUGACCCUGACACUGCACUAAGAAUGACACUGUGAAAGACUGGUGAGAGACAAGAAACACAACAGUGGGUCAUCAGGAUGUUGAAAUGCCUCAAUAAUAAUAAUACGCACAGCUGUUAAACCCACUGUCUGCAUUAGCUUUUACUUUAAUUUGUCACCCAUUUACUGUAUAUUGUAAUUUUAUAGUAUUAAGAAUAAAACUGACAAAAUAACAGAAUAAAAACAAAACACAGGACUAGAGUUAGAAGUAAUUAUAUAAGGACCACGGGGUGGUUGUGGCUCAGGAGGUAGAGUGAGUUGUCUAAUAACCAAAGUGUUGGUGGUUUGAAUCUGGCUCUGUCUUAGGCUAUGUUCAGACUGCAGGCAAAUGUGGCUGAAAUCCAAUUUUUUUGCCAAUAAGUGACCUGUAGCUGAUCUGUAAACCCUGUAAAGCCUGGUCUGUUAAAUCAUUGACAGAAAAUUCCAGUUCUUUGAAACUGGAGCCUUUAUUGGUCCUUCUAAA